UUAUCUUGGGUCAUUGAGUGAGAACUUUCAGCUGGUUUAAUAAUUAAUGUGUGAUACAGCAGCUUUCCUGGUUCCUCGUUUCAUUACAUUUGAACAAAUAGAUAAAUAGACCAAGGUGACACACCUAUUACUAUGAGUUGGCGGAUGGAUGGUGCUGUCAAUGCUUUCUGAAAUCCCGAGGAAAUUAUCGGUUCGUGCUUGACAUGUAUUUUGGAAAAUUCACCUCGGUAAUGGAGCGGAUCACUGACUUGUUCUGUUAGUACACACCUUGAGCUUCCACUGCCUCAUAUGCUUUCCAGGAUUUGACAACUGCUGCUCAGAUGGGGUGCAGAUGCUGUAGAAUGAUUAGAAGGUACAUCUUCGGACCAGCUAUUGGAGAACUUCCAUCCACUGUGAGAAAUGAAAUUAAUUGUAGAAACAAUGACGUUAAACAUGAGGGCGCAUUCCACAACAAGGACAAGACUAACAAUAUUGUUGCUUCAGCUUCGGACAAAGUGAUAAACUUGGAAGAGCAAGAUGCAGGAAUAAAAAUAAGGGAACGUAAUGCAUCGAAGAAAAAUAUAGCAUGUGUACAAAAUAAGAUCGUUGAAAAUGUCAGUGACAGCACAGACAACGGUGCAACACAUGUGCUGAAUAACAACCAAGUGCAGAAAGCUUCGAGUGAAGUGGCGCCACACCCCACUAAUACAAAUAACUGCUCCACAUAUAAUAUAAAAACUGCAAAUACAAAUGAAAUGGUACAUCAGCAUGACCCAGGAAUUGAAAGCGAUUGUCUCACAGUCAAUGGACUCUCCACACAUUAUCCUGCUGAAGUAAUUGCUGUUGUUCCAGAAGGAGAGAAAGUUGUAGACAAUCAUAAAAUUGCGAACAAAAAUAACAACAAAUUAUCGUCCAUGGAACUUGAUGAACUAAUUGAAAAUAAUCUGGAAACUAACAGGGAUGGAAUCAAAGGUUUAUCCGACCCAUCUUCCAAUGAAAAGAUGAACACUUUAAAUGGAUACAAAGAUCUAGAACGCACUCCUCCUCGCAUUGAUGGGGAAUUCACCAAGAACUUGCACGAAGAGGAGCAAUUCAGCCUAGAGAUUGAAGAUGCAGAGGUGGCUGCUGCCCUUGCAGCACUGGAGGCUGCAAUAGCUGGAGAAGAUGAUGAACUGGAAGACUACUGAAUCAGAGCACAACUGAAGAAUGCAAUAUAAAUUUGGACGUCAAAUGACAUUCCUAGUCAGCAAAACAACUGGACUCUUUGGAGACUCUUUAAAAUGUUGUAAAGUCAUUUUUUUUUCAUAUGAUAAAAAUAUUCCAAAAGGUAGAAGCAGAAAUAGGUUUCAGAGGUUAUGGGAAGAAGGCAGGAGAAUGGGGUUAGGAGGGGGAGAUAGAUCAGCCAUGAUUGAAUGGGGGAGUAGACGAUGGGCCAAAUGGCCUAAUUCUACUAUCCCUUAUGACCUAAAUCUUUGGAUCUGGCAUUGUAGAAUGAAUGUGGGAGAACAAGGAUCUUGCAACAGGACUUACUUUGCUGGAGUAUCUGUGAAUGAUGUCUUGGACACUAUUGCUAGGUGACCUCACUAAUUCAAUUACAGUUUUGGUUCUCAGUAGAGCAGAGUAUUCAGAAGAUUAUGCCACAGUAGUUACAUGGAGGAAACGCUGGUAGUAUCCUCCUAAAGAGUUAGGGAAGAUGAAUGGUUAUUUUAUUUAUUCAUUCAUGGGACAUGGGCAUUGCUGGCAAGGACUUCUUUGUUUCCCCAAAGGUCUCGGUGAGUUGCCUUCUCGAAGGACUGCAGUCCAUGUGGGAAUAGUUCUUCCAAAGAGAUGUUACGUAGGGAGUACCAUACAACAAAUUAUCCCCUUAAAUUGUCUUUUCUUUGAAUGGAUCAGUCACGAUACACAAUUUAACCCCUUAAAAAGGGCCUGAACCAUAGGGAGAGAUUGAGCAGUCUAGAAUUUUAUUCCUUGAAGCACAGGAGGAUGAGAGGUGAUCUUAUCGUGGUGUACAAAAUCAUGAGAGGAAUAGAUCAUGUAAAUGCAC